AUGUCGAGCGAUUCUAGUGACGAAGAAGCACUUGCAGCUUUUCUGUUUUAUAGAAACAGAAGACGUCAACGCAAGAGUAGAAAAUACUGGAUUCAUCCAUAUAUUGAAAGAAACAUAAAUUGUAGAGUUUUUGUAGCCGCACAAGAACUACAACAUGAUGAUAAUAAAUUUUUGUCUUUCUACCGAAUGUCUAAAGAGACCUACCUGCAUCUUGUUACAUUAAUAAAGCCUGCUAUACAUCAACGAAAUACUAUAUUUAGAGAGUGUGUUAGUGCGGAAGAAAGGAUUCUGAUAACCCUAAGAUAUUUGGGAUCAGGUUGUUCAUUUGUAAGCCUAGGAUUGUAUUUUGCAAGAGGAGAUAAUACAAUUUGCAAGGUCAUAGCUGAAACUACAGUUAUAAUAUGGGAGAUAUUAAAUAGAGACUAUAUGCCAUUACCAAAUGUGCAACAUUGGAAAGACAUUGCUGCUCGUUUUGAUCGCCUCUGGAAUUUACCCAACUGCUUAGGGGCAUGUGAUGGUAAACACAUCAGAAUAGAAAAAUUACCUAAUUCGGGAUCAAGUAAUUUUAAUUACAAAUCCUACCAUUCGAUAGUAUUAAUGGCAUGUUGUAAUGCCGAUGGAUUAUUUACUGUUAUCGAAACUGGCUAUGCUGGUAGGAACAGCGACGGUGGAAUCUUCAGUGCUUCCAGGAUCAAACGUUGGAUUGAACAUGGACGUCUUAAUAUUCCUUUACCUUCCAAACUUCCUAAUGACCCAUCUAACUAUGAAUUUCCAUACUAUUUUAUUGGGGAUGAGGCAUUUCCCCUUCUAUCUUACUUCAUGAGACCAUAUCCCCAAAGAACCUUAAAUGACUUGAGAAGGGUGUUUAACUACAGAAUAAGCCGAGGGAGGAAUACAAUUGAAUGUGCUUUUGGAAUGAUGACUGAGAAAUUUCAAGUAUUAAGUACAGCUAUAAGAUGUCAUACAAUAGAAAAAGUAUCAAAUAUAAUAAAAGCAGUGUGUAUUUUACACAACUUUGUUCGACAACAUGAGGGUAUUCUAUAUAGUCCAAGGGAGGUAAUACAAAACAGAUCGGUCACUAUUCCCGUUACUAUGACUAUACAACCUCAAAAUAUAGAAAUAACUGCAACUAUGUCACCACACAACCAACGAAAUUAUUUAGCAAACUACUUUAUAUCUGAGCAAGGUUCAUUGCCUUGGCAAUACCAAUACUGUUUACAAAAUACAAUGUAA